UCACUCACUAAAAUCCUUCACAUGGCCUCCUCCUUCUACAAAUUUGCCAGUAUUAAAGUCAACCCACACAAAUCUAUUCUAACAACAAACUCAACAACCCCAGAUAAAUCUAUACUCUUCGACAAUGAACAGUUAACAGCAAUCAAGAACGGAACACCGUUCAAAUAUCUGGGUGCCUGGUUUUCAACAAGUGGAAAGCCGAUAUCAGUACAGAAGGAAAUCAUUGCAGAAGCUAUAAUUAACCUAAAAAAGUUACAAUUUGCUCAUAUAACAGAGAAACAAGCAAUCUAUAUAAUCAAUAGUGUCAUUACUCCCCGCCUCCUUUAUCGCUUAUACUCUUCUUUUCUCUCAACUUCACAACUGAGUACUCUUAACAAGACUUGUAUUCAACUAGUCAAAAACAAAGCAAAGCUUGCACGAGGGGUCCCUAAUUCCUUUAUAUUCAAUCCAGACAUUUACGCACUGAACAAUUUAGCCCAAGCCCAGCUCUCAUCCUUAGUUCUAACCUUCCAGAAGAACUUAAACCAUGUUGGUUUCGAUUCAUCCUUCUUAAAGCUGC